AUGGGACCAACCCUCAGAAUUCACCACUUAAUAGGGCCAGGUAGUACAUCACAAGUACAUCAACUUCAGGCUGGGGGAGCUGCUGUUAUGGUCUGGAUCCAUGGCGGUGGAUUCACGUUUGGGUCUGCAAUAGAAUCCGUCUAUAAUGGGCUGCCAUUGGCUGCUGUGGGUGACGUCAUUGUAGUUACCGUCAACUAUCGCUUAGGCGUCUUCGGAUUUCUGUCAACAGAUGACAAAGCAUCGCCAGGCAAUGUGGCACUGUGGGAUAAUGUCAUGGCUUUGAAGUGGGUCCAACAGAACAUAGAAGCAUUCGGCGGCGACAAGCAGCGGGUCACGAUCUUCGGUGAGGGUGCUGGAGCAGAAAUGGUCGGAUUCCUCGUGCUGUCCGACAUGGCUAAGGGGUUGUUCAGUCAAGCAAUAAUACAGAGUAAUGGGCCAAUUUCGCCAGAUGUUGGGCCAUUAACCGAAGAAUGUGACAAGGUGCUCCGCCAGAAGGCCUUCCAGUUGGGCGAGACUGUUGGCUGCAGUACCUCGGACAGCGCAGCUCUGAUAACCUGUCUGCAAGAUGUAGACGGCAAUGAUCUUAUACAGGCUCAAUUAGCGAUUUAUGAAUGGAUUUAUCCUGUCGUCGACGGUAUAUUCCUGACCAUGACCCCGCUGGAAGCGUACGCCUCUGGAACAUACAACCACGUGCCGAUGCUCAUAGGCUCAAAUGCUGAAAAGGGAACGUUUUUCUUUGCGUCCAACCCCAUGUUUGCCGAGUACCUGACUCAACCAGACCCGCCCUUUGUCAACAGGACAUUGUUUGAUGAGCUCCUUGCGAGCACCUUCAAGACAUUCGCUGUCGGUGAAGGAGCAGUGUUGAAUGCCACCAAAAUGAGGUACAUUGACUGGUCGCAAGCCGAGUACGAAGACGCGGAUUACUACCCUUCACUUAUGCAGUUAGCAGGAGACCUGUUCUUCACAUGCACCGUCGACACAACCGCCCGACAUCAUUCGUCAAAGAAUAAAGUGUACCGCUACUUGAUGACACACGUUCCGACCGUGUCCUACUAUAACUAUGCCGGAGUUGUGCCGGGACCUCGCUGGAUCGGGGCGGGUCACGCGGAAGAACUCGCGUUCGUCUUCGGUGGGGCGUUCGCGCAAGGGAGCCUCUGGGCUUAUCUAACAGACGAUGAGAAAGUACUCUCUGUCAACUUCAUGAAAUUGUGGACUAAUUUUGCCAAGAGUGGUGAUCCAAGCAAGGAGUCCCCGAGUUCUCCGCCGAUUUCACAGUACAUCUGGCCCGAGUUCAGCAGUCCCGGUUUGGAGUACAAGGUGCUUGACCUGAACCUAUCUACAAGCCGAGCUCUCCGGAGUGACCAAUGUUACUUCUGGAAUAAUUACGUGGAGGAUCUUCGGGCAAUGUUGGAUGAUGAGAAUUGUGUCGACAGUGGCGGAUCCAGCCAGUGGGCAAGUGGACAACUUAUCAUCAUCGCGACAUUCAUUUUCCAGUUUUUGUUUUAAUGUGUUUUCACCUCAAAACCGCUACUAGUUUAAUAUCAAUUUUGUAACGAAACGGAAUGCGAGGGUUUUCUUCAUUUUUGUUCACCAAAACAUUAACUGUAGGCCUACAUAGCAUGAAGCUGAAGAAAUAGGAUUCUUCAAUACUACUACUGUCCUAGGAAAAGCAUGUAACGACGCAGGGUUGGUAAAAUUGGAGGCCUGAGCUGACCUUCUAAUGUAGUUUUCUCUAUGCUUAGAUUCCAUCUCUUCAAAGUAUAAACCAGAGAUACUAUCCCUCAGAAACCUAGACUGGUCCCCCCCCCCCCAAUAAAUUUGGGAAUCGGUAUAGUUCCUAUUUAAGGCCAUUGAUUGGAUCACCUCCGCGCGUGCGCAGUAUUUGGGUUUUUUUUAUUAUGAUUGAAACUUUGCGCAUGGAAAGUUAUUAGAACCAGUUGGCAAAUCACCAGUGUCCCCACGAAGGCAACUUUCAACCGUGCAAUUGCAUAGGUUUUACUGAAAGUUUGGCCCCUCUUGUUUUGCAUAAACCUCAAACGACAUAUUUUAAAUGAAUCCGGUUUUUAAUCAGUUCUGAGGGGACGGUUUGGGAUAUGAUAGCUGUUUAUACAUGUAGCUACACUUUUAGUAAUCAUCAUGUGUAACUGUUUGGUUUAUAUGUGGUUUUUGGUUAGGUUACAUGCACUGUUGUCGGACUUUAUGCAAAUCUUUGAGGAAUGACAAGGCAUUUAUUUUACAGUCUGACUUUUUUCUUUCUGAGCAUUUUAUUUUUGACGUGUAAAUCGGGAUAAUUGUGAUGUUUUGCUUUUUACUAGCACUGCUUUUUUUAGGUUUACUGGGGGACUCCAUGUAAUUCCAUGUAAUUCCAUGUAAUGAUUUUCAUUGUACAUGUGCAAAUGUAUAUGUGCAAUAAGUGUUUUUAUGCUCUCUGUUAGUUUUUACUCAUACUGUAUGUUUUGUGUAAAUAAUUUUCUUUUUUUGGAAAGUCUUGUCUAUUUUUGUAAUUUUAUUUUCUUUGUUUCAUUCUGUUUUCAUGUAAUUUUAAUGUGAGGGCUCCUUUGGAAAGCAGUUUUUUAAUCUGAAAUGGACUACCCUCGUUAAAAAUUACAAUAAAUAAAAUAAAAUAAAUCUCUGUAUUGAUAGUAUUUAUAUUUAGGGCGAUUCACAAUGCAGUGCGCCACCAAGAGUUUGCCGCGGAGAGUUCAUUUUUCGCAGUGCAUUGUGGGAG